AGCAGAACUGGAGUCAGGAUUCAUCGUAUUAUCUUAUUAUUUGACGUAAAGUUUUAGAGAACAAUGAAUCACAUUGUGCUGCUGCUGUUCAGCCUCAGCGUCUGGGCAAUACAUUCUGCUGGCAGCCACACUCUCCAGUAUCACAUAGCGCUGGUAGCCACCCCAACCCGGGUGUACCACAGUUCAAUCACUGCGUAUCUAGAUGGCUUGAAGUAUGGAAGGUAUGACGGUGAAAGUCGUCAGGUGAGGUUUUUGAUUCCAUCACUGAGUUCGCUGACUGAGCACCUGGAGAUGCAGACUAAAUACGCUCAGCGGUUUGAGGUUAUUCAGAAGCACAAGAUGGAAUUUCUAACGGGAUAUUUAAACAAGACAUAUGGUAAUGGAUACUUCAAUGUUUAUCAGAGGAAGACUGUCUGUGAGCUGAAUGAGGAUGGUACAAUUGGUGGAUAUGAGGAGAUUGCAUUUAAUGGCAGGGAGGUUUUGGUGUUGGAUAAAAAGAAUGAGGUGUAUGUGCCUUUUACACAAGAUGUUACGCUUAUGACCAAGCAAUGGAAUCGGCAUUAUGAUCACGCAAAGAUCAACAAGAUCUACAUGGAGAAUGAAUGUAUCCAACAUAUGAAGUUAUAUCUCUCUUAUAUAUCAACUUCCUUGAAGAGAAAAGUUCGCCCUGAAGUGAAGAUUUCCAGCUCAGAAUCAGACGGGGAAAGAAAACUGCACUGCUGGGCGUAUGGGUUCUACCCCCGAGAUGUGGAAUUAAAGUGGAUAAAGAAUGGGAGACAUGAGAUUUAUUUAGAGGAAUCAGCAGAGAUCCUGCCAAACCCUGAUGGCACCUAUCAGAUCAGAGUCAGUGUGGAGGUAACACCAGAGGAGGGCGCCACUUACUCCUGCCAUGUGGAUCACAGCAGUUUGGAAAAUAUUCUGGAUGUGUGUUUUGAACCCAGUGAUAGAAAGAUUUUAUACAUGGAGAUCGCUGUGGCGUCUGUUCUCUUCUUCGCUCUUGUUGCCCUGGGAAUUUAUAUAUAUAAAAGCAGGAGGAAGAAACUCUUACAAAAGGGAUGAAAAAGGAAACAGAGUUUGCAUUUGGGAAUGCCGUGACGCUUCCUGUUAAAUGCUAAAUAUAAGUGAUAAAGUAUUACUGUGUGCAUUGUCUUUAUAGAUAAAUAAGUUGAAUAUAUAGCUAAUAUUAAAGCUAGAUCAGUUAAUAAGCUAUGUUGGGUCACUGCGUUGGGGGACAUGAAACCACCUGCAGAUGUGGGUUUAGACGGGUCUGCACUAAUGUCCUUCCUUUAGGAGAGGGUCACAGACCCAACUACUCACGUGGCCCUUCACUACCUGCCCAGACACUUUAUCCGUCACUGUCACAGGGAGGGCAAUGGAUGUAAAACCCUUCUCAACCCUUGGCCGAGCCGCCAUCAGAAACUUUGGGGCUUCGUAAAUAGUCAGUAAUAAUUCAUAUAAAUAGUAAAAAUAAUUAAAGUGCUAAUAAGUCAGUCAUAAGCCAUGUUUUCCUACAUUUUUGCAUGUUUUAGCCACAUUUUUGCAUAAGUAAGUAAAGUGUGUAAGUCUAGGGAGCCCAUUGAAUUUGCUGUGUUGAAAAGUUUAUGUAGGAGACGCUCAUUUCAUUCGAUAAAUCGAUCCUAUAGCUGAUAUAACUAUAAUAAGCAGUUCAUAGAAAUUAGCAUGUGCUAAUCAGUCAGUCAGUUCGUUUGGGGUGAGUGGAAUUUACUUUAAGUUUUGCAAUUCAUGGGUGGUCAGUAGAGAUGGGCGAACUUGUCCCAUUUCGCCGGAAAAAUUUACAGAGCAUUUGUUUUUUUAGAUGGGGUCAGUGACCCCUCAUUUGAAAGCUGAAUGAGUCACUAAAUAAUUAGUGAUGGGCGAAUAAAUUCAAAAAUUCGCCGGUGAAAAUUUCCGGUUUUCACGAUUUUUUCGUGAAAAUUUCAGAUUUUCAUAAUUGUUUUGUGAAAAUCUUCAAAUUUCAAGAUUUUUUGGUGAAAUCCUUCAAAUUUCACGAUUUUUUAGUGAAAACUUUCAAAUUUCAAGAUUUUUGAGUGAAAACUUACGAAUAUCACAAUUUUUUUGUGAAAACGGCAGAAUUUCACGGUUUUUUUACGUGAACUUUCCGAUUUCACGGUUUUUCACGAAUUUUUCAUCGUUUUGCAAAUUUUGCGGGAAAUUCGCAAAUUUUUUGGUGAAGCGAAACGGGAGAAGUUCGCCCAUCACUACAAAUAAUCAAAAAGAAUAUACAAAAUAAAUAAUGAAGACCAAUUGAAAAGUUGCUUUUGUCUAGUUUGAAUGAAAUUAUGAGAAAAAUUAAAGUUUUAGUAAAAUUCAAGUUUUAGUCCUGUCUGGUAAUUCCCCCAGACCACACCCACCCUUUCUUUUUUUUUGUGGUCAGUGAAUCACAUCAUAAAGUAUUUCCAAGCCUCCAACUGCCACAGGGCCCCUGAUAACACUUCCACCUGCCCCACCCAUGACAGUUGCCCCGUAAAAAUGUGUUAUAUAUAGUGAAUAGAAGAAAAGUUAAUUUCUGCUUGCUUGCAGGCAUAGAUGUCUUCCUUAUAUCUAGCUUCCUACUCACUCUGUGUCCUUCUGGGUUGGUGAUGGUACCAGGGUCUGAUAGGUUGAAUUGGAAAUAAAAGUAGCACCUCCAGCCUAUCAGAUCCCUUCACAGUCAGUAUAGAAGCCCAAGUAGAAGGAAGACUCCAGUCCUGCAGCAGCCGGAAAGACUUUAAACAUAAGUUUUCUAAUGACAUGGAUGUUUAUAUGAGUGUGACAAGAUACAGUAUGUAAGGUGUUGUAUUUAUUUGUAAAAGAUUGUAAGAAACUGAAAAAUAAAACAAUUUAUAGUUUAA